CCAAAACCGUGAUAAAAACAAAUGCAAAACGUUAUGGAUAGCAAAUGUAUCAGUUAUGAACUAAUGAAUGAAGUGUUUUAAAAGCAUUCAAAGCUGUUUAUUUAAGACUUUAAAAAGCUUUGCUACACGCGUUAGCUAGUAAUAAUUUUUGUGUUGAAGUAAUAAAGAUUCUUCCAUCUGUGGUGUUUAAUGAUGAGUUUUAUUAAAGUUCUACGCUCUCAUUCCACAGUGAGGAAAAUGUGUUCGCAACUUUUGAAUAGGAAUAAAGUGUUACUGUAUCCAUGUACAGUAAAAUAUUUUGGGAAAAGUUGUCGAAGAUGGGGUUUGAUGGAAUUCUUUGAUGAUCCUAAAAACUUUGGAGAAGAAGAAAUAAGAAACAGGUCAUGGACUAAGGAUGAAUUGCGGAUUAAAAGUAAUGCAGAUCUUCACAAACUGUGGUUUGUCUUGUACAAAGAAAAAAAUAUGCUUUUAACUAUGGAAUAUGCAUCAAAGAAAGAAGUUGAAGCCUUUCCUAGUCCUGAAAGAAUUGAUAAGGUUGAAAUCAGUAUGGAAAAUUUAGAAGCUGUUGUUAGGGAAAGAGAUGAAGCUUACUAUUUGUUAGAAACUGGUAAAACUGGAGAAAGACCCCAUGCCUACAAAGAAGAUUAUUUUGGACGACACAAUGAAGUUCCGCUAGAAGAGCAUCUUAUACCUUUAAAAGAAAACAAGAAAUUUCUAGAAGAAGAUCUCUUUCCAACUAUGGAGACUGUAAAUCCCACUGUGCCUGAAUUCCUCUUGAAGCUUCAAGAAAAGGAACGAAAUCUGAUAAGAGCACAGAAGAGGAGAGACAGAAUGCAUAUUAAGGAAAUAUUCAAAGCCUUCCCUAAUUUAGAUAUGGAAGCAUUACAAGAAGAAUAUCCGGACAUAGAUGUAUAUGCUUAUAAAAAAUAUUUAGAGGAUAAUGAUAAAAUUUAACUCAUGUACUCAGAACUUUCCUCGGUCCCAUGGAGAUGAGAUUUUGUAGUUUUUUAAAAUUUUCAGAAUCACAUAUUGUUCAGUCAUCAAUAUAUGAGAAAAUUUUGUUUGAAUGUGAAACAAUGAUGAAUGCGAAAUGUUUGAAAUAAAG